CUGCUGACGAUUUUUGUGGACAGAACAGUUAUGCGUAAAAAGGUUUUGUGCUCUUCUUUCAGGUGAACGUCUCUCGUCAACAAUAUUAAUGAAAGCACACAUUGGUAUAUAGGAGGAUUCGGGUCUAGCUUUAACCUUCAGCAAUUUGCCACACGACGCUAAAAUGGGAUGCUGUGACGUGAAAGACGUUCGACCGUACAGCGUAUUUGUCUUGGUGUUGCUGUUGUUGGCUUAUUUGUUAAACCAGCUUGACCGGUACAUGCUGGCCAUAACGGUCAAGCCUAUGGCUCAGGAUGUGCACUUCGGUGACCAUGACUGCAUGGUCAACACGUCGUUCACAGACGUUGAAGUCGGGGAAGUAAAAUGUAACGCCAAAAACGAAACAAGCUGUGUGUCUACGUUAAGCAUAAACACAAGUCUCCAGGUGUGCAAAUGGGAUUAUGACGGUCAAGGUUUCGAGUACCAAAUCGUGGCUGGACCUGCCUUCACCGCCAUUUACACGUUCACCGGCAUCUUCAUCGCAUUUGCUGCAGAUGUGUUCAACAGAAAGCUCCUUCUAGCCAUUUGCUUGAUGUUCUGGUCACUCAUGACUCUACUGACUGGCUUCAUCAACUCCUACUGGCAGCUGGUCAUCCUUCGUUUCGGACUAGGAAUGGGGGAAGCUGGCUGCACACCUUUUGCAACGUCACUGAUUUCUGAUUACUUCAGCGAAUCCACGCGAGGUUCGGCCUUGGGCUUGUACAACUGGGGAAUUUAUAUGGGGUACAGUCUAUCGUACGCUGUGGGCAAUUUCAUCACAGCCGCUAACAUAAACAACCAGGGAUGGCGAUGGUCGUUCUUCAUUUCCGGUAUUCCUGGCCUCGUUUUGGGUAUCGUGAUAUUAUUGGCUGUGAAAGAACCAGAGAGAAAAACUAAGUCAGAAAAGGAAAAAAGUGGGUCGAGAAAGAACGUGUUAAAAAGACUCGGCACGAUCUUGAAGCCUUUUUGCAGCCCAUCCCUGUUGCUGCUAUGUUUUGCAGGGUCUGUGCGAAAUGCAGCUGGUUAUGUGUGGGCUUACAACACCCAGCCUUUCUUCUCAUCGACCGGCCAGACUGCCGAACAGAUCGGCACCUUCAUGUCCUGGAUCCCACUCGUGGGCGGCAGCAUCGGAGUUGUCCUCGGGGGCUUCAUCUCGGACAGGAUCGUCCAGCGCAGGGGUCUUUACGCCAGAGUGAUCGUUCUGGUUCUCAGCCAGCUGUUGGCAGCUCCGUUUGCCGCUGGUACCUUGCUGUUUAGCGCCCCUUGGGGUUACAUCUGCCAGAUACCCACAUAUAUCAUAGGCGAGAUGUGGGUUGGCGUGACUUUGGCUGUACUCGUUGAGCUCGUGCCCACUUCCAUCCGGACCGGCGCAGUGGCAGUCUAUCUGUUCAUCAUCACGAACAUCGGUGGGACAGUACCCUUGGCCGUGCCCCCAUUGCAGCAGUCAUUUGUCGACCUCGGCUACACCAAAAAUGAGUCUCUCAAAGAUGCCCUUUAUAUCUUAUAUUCCGGAAUGUAUGUAGGAGGGUCUGCCAUGUUUCUCGUUACCAUGCUUGUACUUAAGCGAGAUCAAAGACGUGUGAAAGAAAACGAAUACAAAACAGAAGAACCGAGUCCAGACACGGAAAAGAAACCCGAUAAUGUCCAGUUAUCGUCGGUGACGUCAGCAGGGGACAAAGAGAGAGAGCGCUUUUGAUUUUUGCCUUUCAACGACAAUGAGUUUGUCAGGCAUGUCUAAUCUCACCGACUGGUCAAGAACUAUCAAUUAUUUCUUGCACAUUAA